CGCGUCACGCGAGGCCUAUCACUGCGAGAACUGCAGACACGACACUUGGCCCCGCCAUUGUUACAGGACACACUGUGACGAUACAACCCAGAUUCUUCUCACAGCUUAUAGCGAUUUUAAACGCUCUCGUAAUUCACAUAUAAGUCAUCAUGGCAGGACAACGUGAACCAAAUGACCCGACAACAUCGCAAAAACAUGAAAACUUUGGGACUAACUCGAUGAAAGGAAAAUUAGUAACGGCUUUGCCUGGAAUCGGUGAUACGUAUGGAGCAAAUCUGAAGAAGAACGGAUAUGAAAUGGCGUCUCAGGUGCUUGGACAAUUUCUUGUUCUUAAGACAAAUGAAGAGGAUUUCGCGCUAUGGUUGUACAAGACAGCUAAGGUAGAUGAGCACAACGCCAAGAAGUGCUACAAGGCUCUGAAAGAAUGGUACGACAGAUUCGGCUAAGCUAUGGCUGAUGUACACUACUGCCUAGAAGUUCAUUCCCCUUACAUGCAUGGGCAACGCGUUACGCACACCGUGUGCACCCUGUUGGUCACUUGUAAAUUGUUCAUUGUUAAUUGUUCAUUGUUCUUGUAAAUAAAAUUGUGAUUAGUCUCCUGUGACUCCGGCUCUUUGCUGACUUAUUCCCCAAGAAAUCCAGCACGCCAUUUGGACGGUUUUGUUCACCCAUAACAGUCCAUGAUAGUAGAAACAAGAAGAUAACUUUUUGAUUUCCUGACGAAAAAUGUUAUGUUACAUUUUAUUAUAUGUACUUGCUGAUUUCUCAUUUUUAAAUGUGAUUUUGUUGGAAAAUAUGAGUACUGUUGUGGCUUCUACAUGAUGGUAUGCGCUGGUGUGAUAAGAGAAUACAUGAUCCUGUUAAAUGUUAUUGCUAUUCAAAUGCUAUUUGUGCUUUGACUUUAAAUGUCUGUACUACGACUAUCAGUGUUCAUGUUUGUGAGGUUUGGUGGAGCAUUGUUUUGUACUUCUCCCUUUAAUGUACUUGGAAUGAAUAGAAAGAUUUCUCUUUUUUUAAUGACACUAUACCUGUAUUUGUUUAACCUAAUAUUUCUGACUCAUCUGUUCGACACGGCUCGUGAUAAAUAAAGGUCAUUCCACUCUGA